CCGCUCGAGGCGGCGCGGCGCCGGCCAAUCGGCGGCGGCGUGGCGGGUUCCGCGGCAAGAUGGCGGCGCCGUGAGGGAGCCGCAGCGGCGGUGGGGGGAGGGGAAGUAUGCGGUGCGGCCGGAGCGCGCGUUAUGCCCGGUAGCCGGCGCAAGGCGCCCGCCGCCCUGAGGAGGCGGAGUGGCGGCGAGGAGAAGCUCAGCCGGCGGCGGCCGGAGGAGCCCCCCGCGGAGGAGGCGGCGGGCGGCGCGGGCCGAGGCCUCCCCGCGAGGGAGGCGGCGGCGGCGCGCGGCGCGGCAGAGUCAUGUUUACAUAAGACUCCAAAGAGAUCAUUGAGUAGGAAAUCACGGAUACCUACUUUCAGCUCUCCUGUUAAUGAUACUGAUAUACAGCAAGAAAUCUUUUGGGAUCCUCAUUCACCAAUUGCAUGCAGACUAGGCAAUGAAAAAAAGAAACAGAUUACCAGUAGAUGCGCAGUAGAAAUUUCAGAAAUUGUUAAUCGUAUUGCUCCUCAGGAUGAAAAAGCAGCCUACAGUGGAGGAUCCCUUUUAGGGACGUGGAUUGGUGAGGAUGCCAUUCCCUGUACACCUGGAGUAGUAAAACUGCGAACUAGAACAAAGUUAAGUUGUACAAGAGAUCUUAAAAUAAAAAAUCCUGAAGAGGAACUCAUGAAAUUGGCUAAAGAAUUUGAUAAAAAUCUGGUAGAGUUAGAUGCUGUUCAGGAACAAGAGAAGCUUUGUCAGGACUUCAUCCAGACUGCCUCAGAGACUUUAAGUAAUUGUAAAGAUGAAGUACAGAUGAAGAACCUGAAAUCAGUCCUUGAUGAAGUUUCUGAAACAGAUGCUGCUCUGUCCCUGAAGCCAGUGGGAGAGAGCACUGGCAUCCCUGCUGCAGAGCCCUGUCAAUCUAGUAGUCAAAAGUCUAUAGACCUUGAAGCCGAAAUAGCCCUUCAUGCUCUUUUUGAUUGCUCUACCCAGAAAUGUAGUGGACAGUUGAGCCAAGAACUCUCAGGUAUUUCUUUAAAUAAUGGUUUCCAGGAAAACAAAAGCACCUUGGAGGAGGAACACCUUCCCGAGCCAAUCAAAAACAUGCAAUGUGUUACUUCAGAGACAUGUCAAAAGGAUACUCCGUGUUUACUAGGAAGCAUGAACCAGACUUUUCCAAAAGCUCAUACCUUCAUGUCAACAAAACAAAAUCCUUCUUUGAAGAAAAAAUUGGUGGUCUCCAGUAAGCUUGCUGAAGUAGUUAAUGAUGAUUUUGAUGACUGGGAUACAGAUUUUUUGGCAGAUGACUCUUUUGUGAUGCAAAUAACCCAAAAUCCUGAACUGAUAAAUACUGAAGAGGCUUCACCAGUUCCUACAAAUCCACCUGUGUACGGUUUCAGUGAUGCUAGUAGAACAAAGGAAAAAAGUAGUUGCAAUUCAGUAACAUGUUUGGGUUUUUUACACAAAUCUAACAAUUUGGAGUAUUCACCUUUGAAACAGUCUAGUAAAAACACACAAAAUGUUUCAAAAUCUCUUUCUUUACAAAAGCCAUAUAAUAGGACAGAAAUGUCAAAGACACAGACUUUUUCCUUUCAUGGCAAAUGUGACGUUAAGCCAGACAAAAUAAAUGCUACUUGGAAAAGUGCCCAAAACAAUGAUUUUAACUAUAUUCCUGUUUCAAGGCAAUCUCAAUUGAAGAAUGGAAGUGAAACUGUUCAGCCUAAAAGUAACCCUGUUCCUCUUUUUCCUUCAAGAUCUAAUAGUCAUAGACCACAGACUGAAAAACCUGGGGAUAAUGCACACAGUAUUUCCUGUCAAUCAUCCAAUAUUUCUACUAAUGCAAAACCUAAUGAUCUGACUAAAGUGGUCAGCCAAGCUAAUACAGGUUACUUAAAUCAAACUGAAAUACCAAAGAAAGGUCCUCUAUCGUUUGACUGGAACGAACCAAAGUUUUCUGAUGAGGUUUUAGAUAUGUUUUGUGAAUCUGAUAGUCUUUGGGAUGCAAACUGUGAGGAUGAUGAAUUGUUGUAUCAGGUAUGUGACGAUAUAGAAAAACAGACUCAGAGCCAGGAUGUUAAACAAGGAAAUGAAAGAGCUAAAACUACACAAGGAGCCAGUAUUAACUCCAGGUCAAAUGCUGAUAACAGCUUCACAGCAUCUAAACAAGGUCUAUCUGAUCACCUCUUUGCUCAAAAAAGAAAUGCAAAAGAGGACACGGUUUCAGUAAACCUUUCCUGUAGAAACUCCUCAAAGGUUACACGUGGAUUGACUACAACAGGUCACACAGUGAACUGCAAAAAUGUCUCAAGUCCAAUAACUGUGAUCUCAGGUACUCCUAUGGAGUGUAAAUACACACUGUCUAAAAACUGUCAUCAAGCUGCUUCUGAAGAUAUUACAAAGACUAUUUCAGGAAAAUGGUACAGAUCAAAUUCUGUGCCAGCAGGAAAGACUGGUUCUGAAAUAAAUCCUGUUAAUGCAAUAAACACCUUUAGUAGCAAAACAUUAGACAGCCAAGACCUUUUGUAUAAUGUGGGAAAGACGCUACAUAACAGCUCUGGUAACAAAACGUCACUUAUGCCUUCAAAGUUCAAGUUCCGAAAGACUAACAAUUCUCAAGUCACUCUUCACGUAGAGUCUGAAAAUCCAGAGAGUCAUUCUGGUAUUGGAAUUACUCUGCAGGGUUUGGAAGAAAGCAAGAAUCAGCUGAACAUGACUUUGCACAGCAAGCUUGAAAACAAGAAACUGCCUUUCAAGAGACACCUCUCAGAAUCUUUUGCACUACCUACAUCAGUGUCUGUGGCAGAACAAAAAACCAGAAAAUGUUCUCAAGAAGAAAUUGAAAGGAAAAAACAAGAAGCUCUUGCACGAAGAAAAUCCAGAAUGCAGGCAUCCUUAAAAGAUGCUUGAAUUGACUAGAGUAUAUUCUGCCUGUGGAAUAAGUUUUGGGAAGUGAACCAUUGUAAUGCUGGAAUACAUUCCUUAAACUGUGUUCACAGCUACUGACUGCAAGCUUUUUCUAAUUCACAGUAAAAAAUCUUCAUCCUGAACCAUAACUAAUACUCUGGUGAUUUUCAGUCUCUCUUAAAAAAUAUCAGUUGUAAAUGUGUAGUCCCAAGCUAUCUUCAGCGCAAUGAAACUUAAGAUUGCAUACUAUUAUGCAUUGAAGCUGUACAGUUAAAAUAUCCUGCCAGCAUGAAAGUAUUUGUACACACACAAAAGUAGAAGACUUCAAAAUCAGACUACAUGUGUUUUGGUUGUAUUUCUCUUUCUGGGAAUACUUUAAUCUAGACAAAGACUUUCAAGUGCAUGUAAAUAGCUUAAUAUUAAAGUUAGACUAAGAAGUGCUAAGUUUUGCUCUCAGGUAGAUGAAAGUUUUAAGUUUUGGUUUGAGAAAAGGUACAAUCAAGAAAACAUCCAACAUCAGAAAAAAUAAUGGAAAUACACAGGACAUGGAAAGCUUGCUUUAUUUUAGGUAAGAAUUAUACAUGGUGAAGGAGGAAUUUUAUAUGAAAGCUUUACAAGGUGAAAGAGCAUCCGGAAAAGGACUUUUUUUUUAAACUCCUUCCAGAAAGAGUUGGAAAUACCAUAGCUAACAAAUUUGGACAACCUUUUCCUAAAUGGCUAUUACCAAGCUUACUAAAAAAGGCAGAAUAUGUCCCUUUACCAAACCAUAAGCAAAUACACUAGGGGAAAUUCUCAACAGCUAUCGAUCAGUUUAGCCCUGAGUUAUACGUAUUUUUCAAACUAAGGUCUGUUAGAACAAAAAUGCAACGUGAUGCCUGUUUAAUUGGGACUGAUAAACUAGAAAUUUUGAUGUGAUAGAUGGUAGAAGAGCUCAAACUAUAAAAACUGCCUGUGGGUAAGCUGGAAGAUAUUUCACAACUGAUAAAUGCUUUUAUAUAAACAUCUGACAUUAUGAAAAAUGACUGUAAUUUAGCUUUGUAAAUAAAUAACUUUGAGAUGUACCAAAGGGUUACAGGAAGCUUUUGGUUGCUCUGGGAUGUGCCUUUUUUGUAACUCUUGCAAAUGUAAAUAACUGUAUAUUUGUAAAUCGUCAUUAAAUUUUUUAAAAAACA